UAGUCGUUGCUUUUUGUGUUGGAAUUAGGAAGCGCAUUUGUAAUUCAUUUUUCAGACGGAUCUUUGUGAGUUUUUGUGUAAGCUAUCUGGUAUUGAGCUUGUACUGUGUUUCGCCUCAAUCAUUUUUUAUAGCAACAAAAACUUUUACCCGUGCCUCACUCACCUCUUGUUGUUGCUCACACGUGCCGUCACAGGAGAUCAGCAUGUCACCAUGGGUUAAACAGGUUUGCCUUGUUCUUGUGGCAGUGUUCAUGUUGUCCAGUACAACAGAGUCAAAGAAAGAUGAAGCAUUGUACUGUUCAGCCUGUGUGGCGAUUGCAGAGGAGCUGAACUAUUCAAUCAGUCAAACUGAUCCAAAAAAGACGAUUCAUGUUGGCGCAUUCAGACUUAAACCCGAUGGAAGUCUUACGGACAAAAAGGUUCCUCUGGCUAGGUCUGAGGCUUACUUAACUGAACUGCUUGAAGAAGUUUGCAAUAGCAUGAGCGAUUAUGCUCUCUAUGAGGACCCGGACACCAAAGAAAAGAGCUACAAGAGAUUUGCACCAAGAGGAAAUGAUGGCGUGAAUUUUCCCGAUUUUAAACAUUUUAAGUUUGAUGGACCAGAGAGUUCCAGUGCCUUGAAGUUUGCUUGUGCUUUGAUCUGUGUUGCGUGGCAAGAGCCUGGCUUUGGCUUGGCCAUCCGAGUGCCAAGUGUGAAAUUGGCCUGA